UCUCUCUUUCCUUAAACCUUCAACACUCACACAUUCUCUCUUAUUCUCUCAUUCAACAUCUUUCUUGACUUGAAUUUAUAUCUUCUUACAAUUUUAGUCAAGAAAGUAAAUUAAAGAAUGGAGGCAAUGAAGAUGAGAGCUGCUUUCGCAGUUGUUUUGAUGAUUAUUGCUAUGUUUUCAGUCCAAAAUGUGGCUGCUGUUGAUGCUCCUGCCCCAGCACCCACUUCCGAUGCUGCCGCUUUUUUCCCCGCUACAUUGGCAUCCCUUAUCGCCCUCGCUUUCGGGCUACUCUUCUAAAAUUAUUUUGUUUUAUGAUAUGAAUUUGUAUCCAUUCUUUGGUUGGGUUAUCUGAUGUAGAGUGGUAUUUUUCAUAUUUUUUUCCUUGUUUGACAUUCUUUCUUGUGUAAUAUAAAUUGGAUUGAGAUUUUUUGUUGAAUUUUUAUGGUUGUGGUUUGAUUAUCUUAUGGAGUAUAUCAAUUGACCUAUAUAUUUCUAA